CUUGCUUGGUAUUUUUGGGUGUGUUUCUUGAACAGACUGGUUUGUCCUGUUUCCUGUGAGCUCACAGUGUUUUUCCUCUCAGACUGAAGAUGAGUGGUUAUGAGGAGGAAGAGGACAGAGCAGAGUCUCAAGGGUUCAGCUGUGUGUCUCUGAAGAGUGACUGGUCAAAACAACUUCCUCCACUCUUCAGUAAAGAACCUGGACCCUCACACACAAAAGGUCAGGACCACAGACUGAGAGCAGAGUCUCCAGGGUCCAGCUGUUUGUCUCUGAAGAGUGACUGGUCAAAACAACUUCCUCCACUCUUCAGUAAAGAACCUGGACCCUCACACAUAGAGGAGAGGAAGAGGAGUCAUGUUUCUGAGGAGGAGCAGUCAUCCUGCUGUGCUUCGUGUCAGGACGUCCUGAAGGAUCCAGUCUCCACCAGCUGUGGACACUGGUUCUGCAGACAGUGCAUCACCUCAUACUGGGACCAGUCUGGUUCUUCAAGAGACUCCUCCUGUCCCCAGUGUGGAAAAAGAUCCAGAACAGGAGCUGGAGCUCACACAGCCGAUCGUGGUCUACAGGAGGUUGUAGAUGAACAUAAGCUCAGUGUGAGGAGGAGAUGUGAACAUGUGACUGAAGGAAGUGAUGAAACAGGAAGUAGAAGCCUCCUCAACAGGAUCUACACUGAGCUCUACAUCACAGAGGGACAGAGUGAAGAGGUUAAUACUCAACAUGAGGUGAGGCAGCUUGAGACAGCUUCCAAGAUGAAGAUCCUCCAGGACACUCCCAUCAAGGUCCACGACAUCUUUAAAGCCUCCACUGACCAGCAGAGCAGCAUCAGAGUCGUCCUGACCUACGGCGUCGCUGGCGUUGGAAAAACCUUCUUGGUGCAGAAGUUCACUCUGGACUGGGCAGAGGGUUUAGAGAACCAGGAUGUGGGUCUGCUGGCUGUGCUUUCGUUCAGGGAGCUGAACCUGGUGAAGGACCAGCAGCACAGUCUUCUCACGCUGCUCCAUGUUUUCCAUCCAGCGUUACAGAAGCUCACGGCAGAGACGCUCGCUGUCUGUAAACCUUUGUUCAUCUUUGACGGCCUGGAUGAAAGCAAACUUUCUCUGGACUUCAGCCACAGGGAGCUUGUGUCUAAGGUCACACAGAGGCCAUCAGUCAACGUGCUGCUGACAAACCUCAUCCGGGGGAAUCUGCUUCCCUCGGCUCUCGUCUGGAUAACCUCCAGACCUGCGGCGGCCAAUCAGAUCCCUCCUACAUGUGUUGACAGGGUCACAGAAGUACGAGGCUUCACUGACGCCCAGAAGGAGGAGUACUUCAGGAGGAGAUUCAGUGAUGAAGAGCUGUGCAGCAGAAUCAUCUCACACAUCAAGAUGUCCAGGAGCCUCCACAUCAUGUGUCAAAUCCCAGUCUUCUGCUGGAUCAGUGCUACAGUUCUGGAGCACAUGUUGACCACAGACCAGAGAGUAGAGCUGCCCAAGACCCUGACUGACCUGUACUCACACUUCCUGCUGGUUCAGACAAAGAGGAAGAACAACAAGUAUGGUGAGGGACAUGAGACGACUCCACAGCAGCUGACGGAGGCUGACAGGGACGUUCUCCUGAAGCUGGGGAGGCUGGCACUUAAACAUCUGGAGGAAGGAAACAUCAUGUUCUACCAAGAAGACCUGGAGCGGUGUGGUCUUAAUGUCACAGAGGCCUCUGUGUACUCAGGAGUUUGUACUGAGAUCUUCAGAAGAGAGUGUGUGAUCUUCCAGAAAUCAGUCUACUGCUUUAUUCAUCUGAGCGUUCAGGAGUUUCUGGCUGCAGUCUACAUGUUCCACUGUUACACCAAGAGGAACACAGAAGAACUCAACAACUUCUUGGGAACACAUGGGGAAACACACAGUUACUUCACCCUGGAUGACCUCCUGAUGAGAACCACGAAGAAAUCCCUCACCAGUACAAAUGGUCAUCUGGACCUGUUUGUUCGCUUCCUUCACGGCCUCAGUCUAGAGUCCAACCAGAGAGUCUUAGGAGGCCUGCUUGGUCGGACAGGGAACAAUCCAGAGAUCAUCCAGAGAGUCAUCAACAACCUGAAGAAGAUGAAGAGUGAUGACAUUUCUCCUGACAGAAGCAUCAACAUCUUCCACUGUCUGACUGAAAUGAACGACCACUCAGUUUAUCAGCAGAUGAAACAGUUCCUGACGUCAGAGAACAAAUCAAAGGAGAAACUCUCUGUCAUCCACUGCUCAGCUCUGGCCUACAUGCUGCAGAUGUCAGAGGAGGUUCUGGAUGAGUUGGACCUGAAGAAGUUCAACACAUCAUACCAGGGUCGACGGAGACUGAUCCCCGCUGUGAGGAACUGCAGGAAGGCUCUUCUCGGUGGUUGUCGACUCACAGCAACUCACUGUGAAGUUGUGGCCUCAGCUCUGAAGUCAGACCCCUCACAUCUGAAAGAACUGGAUCUGAGUGACAACGAGCUGCAGGAUUCAGGAGUGAAGCUGCUGCGUUCUGGACUGGAGAGUCCAAACUGUCGACUGGAGACUCUGAGGUUGAGUCUCUGCAGACUAUCAGAGAUCAGCUGUUCAAAUCUGGCUUCAGCUCUGAGGUUAAACCCCUCUCAUCUGAAAGAACUGGAUCUGAGUAACAAUGACCUGCAGGACUCAGGAGUGAAGAAGCUUUGUGGUUUUCUACAGAGUCCAACCUGUCGACUUGAUACUCUGAGGUUGAAUCACUGCAGUCUGUCAGAGAUCAGCUGUUCUUCUCUGGCUUCAGCUCUGAGGUCAAACCCCUCUCAUCUGAGAGAACUGGAUCUGAUAGGAAAUGACCUGCAGGACUCAGGAGUGAAGGAGCUGCUAGAUCUAAAGCAGAGUUCAGGCUGUCGACUGGAGACUCUGAGAUGGAGGGAGGAAUCUUUGUGGAGGUGAGAGUGAAGAGGACAGUGUGUGUGGACGGAGGCUGAGCUGUGUCCUGAGGAUCCAGAGGCUGAAGCAGCAGCAGUUUGUGUCUAGUCUCCGAUCUACACAACCCCUAAUUUGCAUGUGUUUGUGAGAUGAAGCCGCUGCUUCAUCAUAUAGGUGCAGCAUAGUGGCUGGCACCUCUUUGCGCCAUGCAAAGCAUUACAUAUUACUAUUCUCCAUACUUCUUCUUAUUUUUAUUUCUUCUGCCAAAAAGUUUGGUGCUUCUCCUCGAGACCCAAAACCCCAAGACUACAAAUUCCGUCGCACAUUCACGAGACCCAAAAAUAAACCUGUGGAAUUACGUCGAAUGGUGUGCUAUGUGUUUUAUAAUAAUUCCGUCCCCCGGUUUGCACAAAAAUUGCGAUAACGUGGCCAAAAAUGUACAAUGGGAGUCUCAGGGCGUUUUCAGGUCACUAAAACUGCUCUCAACUCCCCAAACGGAGGUCCUCAGACAUUAUUUUUAGCCCACGGCUCCCACGGCUCCAUUUCCUAGCUCUCACGACUAAAAAAUAUAUCCGGUUGUAGUGUUAAGCCUCAAAAUGUUUUCAUUUUCCAGAAAGGACUUAUAGUUUUUGACCUAUAUUUGUUUGAUGACGGUGCUAGAGGGUGGAAAAAUGUCUCUUCUAUUAAAACUAAUGAUAAUAUCAGGAGGAGAAUUUAUGAAAUGAGAAGUAUGUUUCUAAACUGCUCAUACGGCCUCUUUUUUUACUCUCAACAAUAUAGAUAUAAUCUUGUUCGUCCAAGCCUUGUGAUUCUCACGGUGUUUUCAUUUCACGGGUAGGAGUUAUAGAUUUUGAAUUAGAGCAUUUUGUUCUGGACGUUCUCCUGAGGUCUGAUGUCUCUCUCAUGUCGCACCUGCGGUAAUCAGUGAGUCACACACGCAGAGGGAGGGGGGCCAGAGGUGGAAAGGGGGACAAUGAGAUCUAUUUAUAACUCCUUCACAGGUGUUAAUAAAUACUAUAGAUAGUGCAGUCAGUAGAGCAGAAGGACAGAGAGCCAGAGGUGGCAAGUUCAAGUCCCAGUGUGGGACAGAUUUUUUUUUUUUUGUUUUUCAGUGGGGAACUGUUGAACUCCUUAAACAAACAACUGUCAAUGAUAUUGAAAGACAAUGUGAAUGGCUCUUCAUCAGAUUCCUGUAUAAGUGUCUAUGAAGUGAUAGUGAUAGCGCCACCUAGUGGUCAGUGUGAUAAUUAAGUUUUAACAAUCUGUCCAAAAUCAGGCAACAUAAUCCUGAUUUUCAGGACAUGAUGACAUGACUUCAUCAUGUCUUGAUGAAGUCAAGACUAUGACUGCAUACACUCUAAUAGUGAUAGCGCCACCUAGUGGUCAGGCUGAAAAUGAAGUUUUAGCAAUCGACCCCAUAAUUCUGUCACAUGAUCAAAGUCAAGUCCUGAUGAAGUCAAGACUAUAACUGCAUACACACAAAUAGUGAUAGCGCCACACAGUGGUCAGUUUGAAAAUGAAGUUUGAUCAAACGGUCCCAAAUUGAACAAACUUCAUCAGAUUCCACACCUGAACAGAUAUAUUAGUGCGUAUGCAGUCAUAGUGAUAGCGUCACCUAGUGCUCAGUGUGAAAAUGAAGUUUUAGCAAUCGCUGCCAAAAUCCUGUCACAUGAUCAGUGCCCUGUCCUGAAGAGAUCUAUGCUGCUGAUCAAGUCUCUCUCUUUCUUAAACCAGUCUCUCUCUCUAUCUCUGUUUCUCUCUCUCUCUGGGUCUCUCUGUCUCUCUCUCUUUGUCUGUCUGUCUUUCUUAAAGCAGCCAGUCUGUCUGUCUCUCUCUCUGUCUCUCUCUCUCUCUCUCUCUCUCUCUCUUAUACCAGCCAGUCUCUCCCUCUCUCUCCCUCUCUCUCUCUCUCUCUCUCAUUUAUACCAGCCAGUCUCUCUCUCUCUCUCUCUCUCUCUCUCUCUGGGUCUCUCUCUCUCUCUCUCUCUCUCAAAUUGACACAGUCUGUCUCUCUUCCCAAAAAAACAAAAAGUCUCUUAUCGACCCGGAUGCAGAAAGCACCCAUUCGAGAUUUCUCGGCAGGAGGAAUUUUCCAGUUCUAAUCAAUGCUGUAAAUUCUCUGAUCUUUCUGAUGUUCUCUGUUACACGUGGCAUGUUUUGUACUUGUGUCCGUCCUGGGAGACGUAUUCUCACGUGUCUCACUCACUUUGUUAACCCUGUGAGACAAAUUGUUAUUUGUGAAUAUGGGCUCAACAAAUAAAGUUUGAUUGAUUGAUUGA